CUCUCUCUCUCUCUCUCUCUCUCUCUCUCUCUCUCUCUCUCUCUCUCUCUCUCUCAGCCAUGAAGUCAGUCUGGCUGGGUCCUAUCGAGAGUUCCCAGACCAUAGCGCUGCCCAAUCCUAUUUAACGUAUACAGAAUAUCUCAUACACAAUUCCAAAGAGUACGUAGAUGACACAUGAGGGAGAGUGAUGUACUGGGGGUGAUGCGGAAGUGCUGGGAAGAGGUUCGGGCCACACUCACACAGACUUCAUAUAUGUGUUGGACUAUAGUUCGAAGCAUCAUUUAGUCAGAUCAGAUCAUCGCUGAAUCAUCCGUGCAUCUCCAUCUCCUGACAGUAUCUCGGUCGCUGAAUGGGAAGGGAGUGUGAGGUUAAGGCUGGAGUGUUCGGUUCUAAGGGGGAUGUGAGGUUGAGGCUGGAGUGUUCGGUUCUAAGGGGGAUGUGAGGUUAAGGCUGGAGUGUUCGGUUCUAAGGGGGAUGUGAGGUUGAGGCUGUAGUGUGAAUUUGACGCUUUUAACUCGAGUGAAAUAUCGUUUAGUACAUCAAACGACCGCCUGGGGGAGGAAUUGUGUGUCUAACUGUGUACGAACGGUGUGAUAUAUGUCUCGGAAACUGACAAGAGGAUAAACUAUGAAUGUACGAAUACGUGGAAAUGACAAGGAAAAUUUAUAGCAUGUCGGUGGGGAACGUACGUAGAAAAGUGUAACGUGUUUAACAGUAUAACGUUGAAUAAGUCAGUGGAACACGAACGGGAUGAGAAGGUGAAGGUGGAGAAAUAACGUUAGAUAUGACAAGCGAACGGGAAACUACGAAUAGAGGAAGCAUAUAGUGUUUGACGGUUAUUACAUCAUUGGGAAAGAAAUGGAAGGAGGAGAAUUAGGUGUGUUCGAUGAUUUGAAGGCGAGAGAAGUAACGUUAGAUAGAGUGAGCGAUCUGAGAACUACAUAAAUAAGAAGUGCAUUGUGUUAGACGGUAACGUGUUAUAAGUCAAUAGAAAACGGAUGGAAGAAGGGGUAAUUGUGUUAAACUCUGAAGGUGAGAGACGCAACGUUAAGGAUGGCAAGCGAACGGGGAACAACGUAAGGAGAAAGUGCAUUGUGAUUGACGCUUAAUAAAUCAAAGAGAAACAAAUGGAAGGAGGCGAGGUAGGUCUGCGCUACCCCUUGGAUGCGAGAGACGUACCGUUAAGGAUGGCGAGCGAGCACCAGGAGGAAGUGAGCUGCGUGAGGCGUGAGCAAGUGUCGUGGCGGCGGCGUCCAGUGUCGUGCGAGGUGGUGCUGAGCGUCAUCCACGAGGAGGAAUCGGUGACCCUGAGGCAGCAGAGGAACCACGAGCAUGAAGGCGGCAGGGAAGAGCAUCAGCAGCAUAGCGAUAGGCGGGGCCGCUCAUACAGCUGGUGCGUGAGCCGGAAAGCGGAGGCGGCGGCUAUUCUGGAGGCGGGGAGAAGAGACGCGGAGCUGAGGGAGGAAGCGGAGAGGAGAGAUACACUAACUAGACAAGACAUGGGAGGAGAGACACCGGCGAGGGAAGAGGUGGAGAGAGGAGAUGCUGCACUGCGAGACAUAGAGGGAGGAGAUGCAUCAAUGGACUCUCAGAUUAACAGACGCGAAGAAAACGAAGAUGCUGCACAGGGUAACCAAGGCAGAGACACAGCGGAGACGAAAGACAACACACAGAGUACAGAAUAUGAUACAAUCGACCGCAGUAAUGACACUUCUCGACAUUCCUUCCACGAGAUAUCACCACCAUUGCACCCGGACCCGCAUCCUGACCCUCCGUACCCAGCCCUGCACGCACGCACGCCUUCCCUCACCCGCCGCUGGUCCCACAACGCCCAGGUGACGGCACAGGCGAGGGGCAGCGCAUACCCUACCCUACACACACCGCACCUUACGCCGGGCACACACAAGCGAUCGUGGCUGCGAGGACGGUCAUACUCCCUUAGCAAUAUCAGCACAGAGGACUUGGAUGCCUCACAAAACACCUCCCUGCACAACGCCACUCAUAAAAGGGGCGUCAUAAGAAUGAACUCUGUCCCUGAUUAUGCCUCAAUGCUCCCCGCGCCUGACCCUCCUCCCGCCGGCACUCCGCAGCCUAAAGUCCUCCACAAGACCAAGAGUAUGGAGCAGCUGCUGGCCAAGGGCGGGAAGUACCUCCAGCGCGCUCUGCCCUCCUUCGCCCGCCUGAGUGGGCUGAGGAGGGCCAAGUCAGACUGGAACCUUCACACGCUAGAUGACCUGCAGCAGGGCGGCGGCAGCCCCGGGCCGGCCUCGCGGCGGAACAGCAACUCCCUGCGGCACUGCGACUCCCUGGAGAACGUGUGUGACGGGCCGCCCUUCACCGAGCAGUUGGAGAAUGGACUUGGUGAGUUGGCCUUCCAAGGGUUACGUUUUCUCUCACACUCACCUGAGCCGCUGCGUUACCUGGAGUGCUGAGGGAAGGAGACACACUUGGCCUCUUUAUUGUAGAUCAUCGGUUAUUCGGUAUUCUUUUUUUUAUUAUUUCUUGUGUUCAUUUUUCUUCUUAUUCACUUUUCUGGCGUAUUUCUUGCUUAAUGUAGAGUGAAGAAGACUAACCUUGCCUUUUCCUCGUCUCCUCUCUUCUUCGUAUUGUUUUAUUUAUUGCGUUUUUUUCUGAUUCACUCUUCUUGCAUAUUUCUUGCUUAUUGUAGAGUGAAGAAGACCCAGCUUUUGUCUUCCUCUUCACCGUUGUUUACUUUUUCUUGUUUUCUUUUCUUCGUCUUAUUUUUCCUUGCAUGUUUCUUGUGUAUUGAAGAGUGAAGAAGACAGAUAGAUUAAGUGCAUGGGGUAUGGUGAGGUAUUGCAUGGUGGUGGUGGUGAGUGUGGUGUUGAGUGUUGCGUGGUGUUGAGUGCGUUUUGGUGUUGCGUGAUGUUGAGUGUGUGGGCAGGUGAGUGGGGGCAUUCGAGGGCAGGACAGGUGAAGGAUAUGUCGGCAGGCGCGGCGCGAGGGGAACACCUUCAGCCCCUCAAUAACUAAUGGCCCUUGUUGUGUGUGGGC